CAGAUUUUCACGGGGAAUAGCGACAGGUCGAGCCCGGUAACAAACCUCCUCAGCCCGCCCAUGCCAGCCCGGUACGUCCGGUUCGUGGUGCAGACAUGGAGGGGACACGUCUGCAUGCGGGUAGACGUGCUCGGCUGCAGGGACGAAGCACAUGAAAUCUGCAGUUCGCCGCUGGGAAUGGAGUCAGGAAAUAUCCUCGAUGACAGCAUCACAGCGUCUUCCGUACACGAACACUGUCCGAUACCCCACAGCCGGCUGAACAGCGUCAUAUCCUGGUGCGCGCUGGCAAACGACGUUAACGAGUGGCUGCAGAUUGACCUAGGUUUAGCAAUCGUUUCCGGGGUCAUCACCCAAGGUCGUGGGGACUUAAAUCAGUGGGUGACGUCAUACAAGCUGCAGUUCAGCACAGGGGGCGCUUCAGGCAACUGGACAACCUACCAGGAAAGCGACGGAGUCGACAAGGUGUUCCCAGGUAACGUAGACAACACGACGCCAGUUCGCCACCUGCUGCAGUCACCUGUCACUACCAGGUACGUCCGGCUCGUCCUCGUGACGUGGCACGGACACAUCAGCAUGAGGGUGGAGGUGCUGGGGUGUUAUGACGUUGCCUUCGGGCCCCAAGGAUCUGCCUUCUUACCCGAGGACUGUCAGGAUAUCCACCUCGCGGACCCGGACCUGCCGAGCGGCCCUUAUACUGUGUUCCCCUGGGGCGCCCCUAGCGGCCUCCUGGUGUACUGCGACAUGGAUACCGACGGAGGCGGCUGGACGGUGUUCCAGAGACGCCAGGACGGCUCAGUAGACUUCUACCUGUACUGGGACGACUACAGGGCCGGUUUCCCCUCCCAGCGCGUCAGCGGCGAGUUCUGGCUCGGGAACGACAACAUCCACCUCCUGACGUCACAGAAGGACUACGUGCUGAGGGUGGAUCUGAAGGCUGUGGAUGGGGCUACUGCGUACGCCGUGUACGACAGCUUCACCGUGGCGGAUGAGUCAGACAAGUACAGGCUGGCCGUUGGGAGAUACAGCGGAACUGCAGGUGACGCCAUGGCCUGGCAUAACGGAAUGCGGUUCAGCACCAGGGACAGCGACAGCGACACCUCAGCGCUCAACUGUGCCGUCACCUACACCGGGGCCUGGUGGUACAACGGCUGUCAUCAUGCCAACCUGAACGGCAUGUACGGCAACAACGACUUCGGGAAGGGGGUCAACUGGAUCCAGUUUAAAGGGGAAUAUGAGUCGCUUGCGUUUAGUGAGAUGAAAAUAAGGCCCAAGGCUUAACGGCAGUUUUUGAACACAACAUUCUGAAACACAC